UUUUAACCCAAAAGAUUAUAGAAAUAUCCAACCACAAUCUUCUAACCUCGACUCCGAUCUCGGUUUCCUCUUUUCUUUUACGGUGGUUGUUUGCGGUGGGUGGACGACGAUCAUGAUCGCCGAUCCUAAAUCUUGUGACGUGCUGUUCGUUUUCGUUUUAUUUGCGAUUAUAUCCUCUUCCAACGCCUUGGUUUCCACUCCCUAUCCUAAGGCCAUCUCUGAUUUAAAAGAGGCAGUUGUGAAGGGAUUGGGGUUCCAAGCCGAUGAUUUUAAGAUUUCAGGGUUCGAUCUCAGAGAUGCCCUUGUGGGCCAUUCUGUGGCAUAUGAAUUCGACAUUGAAAUCGAUAACAAAGUGAUUCCUUUUAAGCUCUUGGAGGAUGUAAAUCGUUGGGAAUAUGUUGAUUUGCCCAUUUUUAGGGUGGAAGAGCCAGCUAGACCCGGAGUUGAAAAUGGGUUGGUGGAGCAUAAGAGGAUAUCGGACAAUGGGUUACCCGUUUUGGCCCCGUUUCAGCUGGCUGGACCCAUGGAACUCUGGAUUCAAGAUGCCAAAGAUAUGCGAAUCUCCUUGCCGCAUGAUGUGGAUGCUGGUGUCUUGAAAAAGGUAAUGUUAGCAGAUGGCGCUGUGGUAACUGUGAAGGGUGCAAGAUCAGUUAGCCUGCGCCAUCCAAUUGAUCUUCCGUUACCUCUUAGCAGAACUCAUAAUGGAUUCGCAUCUGGUCUUAUGGCUAUUGCCGAGCAUCUUCGUCGUGCUUCUUGCAGUCAAGACGCCCCACUCCUUUCUCUUCGCAUUGUUGGCCCAACUUCCCUUACUGUCCCAUCUUCUUCAAAUAACAAGUUGAAGCUUAAGCGACUUGCACCUGGUCUUGUGGAAUUAUCUUCAAUGUCUAAAACUAAGACCAUGGAUGCCCUCUCCACUAUUGAUUUACAAGGAGAAGCCGCUACAGUUCUAACCCCAAAGCAUUUCUCUACCAUGUGGCCUUUUGCGUCCAUCAAUGGUUCCAAUGCUAAUUUAAUUGGUUUCGAGAGACUGCUAUCAUCUGUGCUGGAUUCAAAGGCAAACAAGAAAGGAUACUUUAAGUUACUGAAGGCUGAUGUGUCAGCUCAAACAUUUGUGAAGAUUGGUUUUGGGAUCGAGAAGAUGUUGAAAGAAGGAGAUGGGUUUAAUUUGGAGGGCUUUCCAGAGUGGAGGACAAAGCCUGAGAUAGUGAGUAUGCAUUUUGAGGUACUGGCUAAGGUUGAUGGCGAGAAUGUUAUACCGGAGAGAAUCAUGCAGGUUAACCCUGUUGCUGUGGAGGAUGCAAUUGCACCACAUGUGCUAGCAAGGAACAUGACCAUGUCUUCCACACCUGUUGUUUACACUCCUUCAAAUCCCUUCACCUUGUAAAUUGUUAGAGGGAAAAGGAUCAAGAGUCUAAAUAGUUAUACAGAAUGGUAAAGAUGAGAUGAAUCGAUUAUUCUAUUCCGUGGCCCUCAUUAAUAGAUUUAAUAUAAAGGUAAAGAUGAAUUUAUAUAA